GACUUCUGGGAAACCGAGUCCACGCACUAAAUAAUUCAAGCUCCCAUUCCUUCUCCUCCACCGCUAGGUUAACAAGAUGCCGGCCGUACAUCACAAACUGCUCCUGGAGGACGCUUUACAGGACAGUCCUCAGACUCGCUCCUUGCUCAGCGUGUUUGAGGAAGAUGCUGGGAUGCUUACAAACUACACCAACCAGCUGCUACAAUCGUUGCAGCGGGUGUUUGGCGCCCAGAGUGAGAUGGGAUUGGCCACAGAGCAGCUCUCACAGCAACUUCUGGACUAUGAGAAGAAAAAUUUUGCCCUUGGAAAAGGUGAUGAAGAGGUAAUCACCACGCUGCAGAACUUCGCCAAAACUGUGGGGGAGCUGAACUCGCUCCACUCUGAGCUAGCCAACCAGAUGGCUGACAGCAUGGUCUUCCCAUUGAUCCAGUUCCGAGAGAAAGACCUCACAGAGAUAAGCACACUGAAGGAAAUAUUUGGCAUCGCCACUGAUGAACAUGAGGCAGCCAUGGUCAAAUACAGCCGAUUGCCCAAGAAGAAGGAGAAUGAGAAGCUGAAGUCAGACUUGGUGAAAGAGGUGGCCUACACUAGAAGGAAGCAGCACCAGGCCUCACUGCAGUAUUACUGCGCCCUCAACGCCCUGCAGUAUCGCAAGAGAGUAGCUAUGCUCGAACCUAUGCUAGGCUACACGCAAGCACAGAUCAGCUUCUUCAAGAAAGGCAUUGAGCUGGUGUCAAAGAAGAUGGACAGCUUUCUCUCCUCCGUGUCCAACAUGACACAAAAUAUCCAGGCCCAGCUGGAUGUGGAAGCGGAGGCCAUGCGUGGGUCCCAGAGGGAGCUUCUGUCUGUGGAGGACACUGUCUACAUGCCAGAUAAGGACACUGAGCCUGUCAAUCGCACGCUUAUCCAGAAGGCUGGCUACCUCAACAUUAGGAAUAAAACAGGCCUAGUAACCACAGCAUGGGACAGACUGUACUUCUUCACCCAGGGAGGGAACCUCAUGUGCCAGCCACGUGGGGCGGUGGCGGGCGGCAUGGUGCUGGACCUGGACAACAGCUCCGUCAUGGCUGUGGAGUGCGAGGACAGACGUUACUGUUUUCAGAUAACCUCCCCCUCGGGCAAAACGUCAAUGAUUCUACAAGCUGAGAGCAAAAGGGAAUAUGAAGAAUGGAUUUGCACUGUGAACAACAUCUCCAGACAGAUCUACCUGACUGACAACCCAGAGGCUGUGGCCAUCCGUCUGAACCAAACCGCCAUCCAGGCAGUCACCCCCAUCACCAGCUUUGAGAAGAGACCAGAAGGCUCACCCAACCCUGACAGAGCAAAGCCAGGGGGCAUACAUGCUGCCAGCAGCGAUUCCCAGAAGACAGGGGCUACUCCGGAACCAGAGGACCUGAUAGCCCCUGGGACACCCAUUCAGUUUGACAUCAUGCUGCCGGCCUCCGAGUUUCAGGACCAAAACAGAGCUGGGGGGAGACGCACAAAUCCGUUUGGAGAAACGGACGAUGACUGUUCAACAGAAAGUGACGACUCCCUCCUGCAGCAAGUAUUCGCCGUGCGCUUCCUGGGCUCAAUGGCAGUGCGCUGUGGCAACAAUCAGGAAGUCAUCUACGAGGCCAUGAGGCAGGUUUUGGCUGCCCGAGCCAUCCACAACAUCUUCAGGACCACCGAGUCUCACCUCAUGGUCACCAGCAGUAGCCUCAGGUUGAUUGACCCUCAGACUCAAGUUACCAGAAUAAGCUUCCAGCUUGGAGAGGUGUGCCAGUUCGCAGCCCACCAAGAGAACGGGAGGCUGAUGGGAUUUGUGGUUGAGGGCAGAGACUGGAGCGACGGCGAUGAGGAGGGAGAGCCCUCGUUUAGCACCUUCGUCUUCGAGAGCAACACAGAGGGCGAAAAGAUAUGUUACACCGUAAGCUUGGCGAAGGACAUUACAGAAGCUAAGAAGGACCCAGAGGCCCUGGCCCAGCUGAUGAAGAAUAUGCCUCUAACCAAUGAUGGCAAAUUCCUGCUGCUGGAACCUGAGACAGGCGACACAACCAAUGGAGCAGGACAAGAAGACCUGGAGUCUGAGGCCUAGUCCCAGUUAGGACCAAACAAAGCAACCAAGACAGGCCCCCGGUCUGACUUUUGCCUAGGAAAGAAGGCUUUCCCUGGAUGAAGGUGUCAUCAUGACACCCCCCCCCAACCAACCCUAACUCCGGUACUAUAAGACCAAUAUUAGACAGUGUAGUUCACUUUUAUUUACCCUGUUACUAGUUCUCCAGUUUAUUGCUGUAAAGAAAGCAAAAGACGUUGUUGUGGGGGUUGCCUCGACCAAAAAGCACAUCUCAUGGGCGCUUCAUUUGGUCUGCUUUUCUGCGGUCAGACUGUAGCAUGAGUCCUUGGAUUUGGAAUCGUUUUUACAUCGCUGUAGGUGGUACUUACACGAAAAGGGACGCUAUAUAGGCCUUGAUUGUGUUUCAUUGUCUUCUAAUACCCCCAGCAAUCUAAUAGAAAUUGGUGAAUCAUUUGCAUCAGUUUAGGUUUACAUCCAUUUUUAGGUUUACAUAGUUUGAAGUCGGUUUGGAGAGUUUGUUCCUUUUUAUUGUUUUACAUGUUAACUUUGAUCUAAGGCUCUUAUGUACUACGUUUAUUUCUGUUUAUUCAUGUACAAAAAAAAAGUUGCACUUCCUAGGUUAAUAUCUGUUUAAUAAUGCUCGAUGGCUACAGAAUGCACUAAUUGAUCAAUUUGAAGGAUCUUAGACUUUUAAGACAAAAAUCACAUCAGUUCCUAUUACAGUGUGAGCAUAUGACUCUUGCAGCAGUGGACAAAAUUGGACGAGUGAUGUUUUUGUUCUUUCUGCACUCUUGCAAGUUGCCACUAUGCGGUUACACAGACAUGGCAUCCUGACUAUCUUAAGCAUUCCUACUAAACUGAAUUAACGUUACAUUUUACAUCAUUCUUCACUACCUAUACAAAACAAGUCUUAAGAUGAUCCGUACUGUAUGCAAGGUUCUCCUUGAGCAGCCCAAAUAUACUUCAAUAAAAUUAAAAAGUGUGCUACGCUCCGUUUUCUGAAAGCCUAUGUAAAUAUGAACUGUCCGAGUGGUUAUAUGAUGUUUAACCAGAGUUGGCUGCAAGCUUUCAGAUUCAAUAUGCUAGGACUGAUGCAGUGCAUGAUUAAAUAAUAAUGCCAUUCUCGCUCAGUCCCUUCACAGAAGAUUAAAACCUCUACACUGAGCACUAAGCUGUAAUACAAAAAAAAUAAAUUAAAAAAAAUCACUGAAAUGUAACAGUAACGCAUGUAGGCAGACCAGUGGGGUAUUAUGUACUCAUUGAAAAGCUAUUUGCUCUUUGCUUAUACAUAUGAAUACUAAUCAGAUCAGAAAAAGUGAAGGGAAAGCGAUUGACCCGUGAAAUUCUGCCUUCCCUCUGGAUCCCAGUGCGGUUUUUGUACCAUUUCAGCCCAUUUGAGCUAACACUAAUCUCAGUGGACAUUGGAAGCCCAUGGUGCACUGUGUGAAUGUGACAUUUUGUACUGUGUAUUACAGAUGAGGUCAAAACCACUGACUUGACGUUGAUCGUGAAAGUUACAUUGUGUUGACCAGUGCAUUUGCUUGUCUGCUUGCUUUUUCUACUCCACAUCAGAGCUCUUGGCAGAAACGUGUUAAACAAGGAUAAAUUGGGGAUAUUUCAUUAAGGACUGCCUGCUCUGAUGGUAAUUACUUAUGAUUAUGUUUGAUUGCUUGUGAUACUUUUCAUUUUAAUGCAAUAAAUGCACCUAUUCGCUGUCUGGAGGAGAGUUAUGUUAGAUGAGAAGAAUGUACCACUCUCAUCCGUCCGUUAAAUGUGAAGCUACAGCUAGCAGUCAGUUUGCUUAGCCCAGUCGGUGGAAACAGCUAGCCUGGCUCAGCAGAGUGCUCUAACGGCACCUCUAAAUAUCACUCAUUAACACUUUGUUUACCAUUUGUUUUAUCCAUACAAAAACCCAAGUGUAAAAACAAUUAGUUUUCACACUUUGAGGAAGCCAGAUAUAACUUGUGAGCUUUAGAGGUACUGGUAGGUGGAGUUUGUUACCACUUGAUAGUGCCAGGUUUUUUUCCAGUCUGCUGGCUGUAGCCUUAUAUUUAAGAAACAAGUAUGAGUGAUAAUGAGCUUGUCACCUAGCAUUAACUCUAGCUAACGUCACUAGGCAAAUACGUGCAUUUCCCUAAAUGUCAAACUUUUGCUUUUAAGUCAUAACGAUUAACCGUUUCUCUUUUUGUUGCUGAUGUAAGUGCGUGUCAUCGGGUCCUCUCUUGCUGUAAACAAACUUCUGUCCAUCCAAUGGACUUGUAACCUUUGGGUGCUGGUUGAGAUGCUUGUCAUACCAUUAAUAAAACUACAGCAAUGUAUACAAAUGUGCUUAGUGCAUCCAUGAACAAAAGUCUUGAGAUUUUUUUUUUUGAUAAUCUACACAAACUUGUGCCUGUGUUGUUCCUCUGAUUGACGGUUUAGUAGGAGAUAAGUAUUUCUCCAACUUUACCAUCCAGUCAAGAAAGCAAAUCCUCUUACUGUAUGUGGCCUGCUGUAGCCCAUUACACUUAUUACAGCUAUGCUUUAUACAUUUGUGCUUUGUAAGUAAUGCUCUGUCAGGGAAAAAUCUGGGUACCCGUGUAGUUGCAAGGACUGCAUUUUCUCCCUCUCCUUCUGUCUUUGUGUAACUGGCUGAAGUUGACAGAAUUUGUUUCCCAUAAGGCUUUGCACUUAAUUUGUCCUAGUUUUCUAAACCCAAUGUUAACAUGCAAUCUUUAAUAAAUACAAGUAUUUUUUUUUUUUUA